AUGGAGAGCAAGCUGCUGAAUGGCCCCAAGAAGGAUGGGCGCAAGCUCAGCCCGGUCAGCCCUGUUGCCAAUUUGAGGGGCGGGUCGGCUGAUUUAUGGGCGGUUUCGGACUUGGUAAGUGCACGCUCCACGAGCAUUGUGCAAAACUUGUUUAGCGGCACUUUGCAGUCGGAUGUCGUGUGUAGGGUGUGCGCGAGUAGCUCACCGACGCUAGAAAAGUUUUAUGAUAUUUCGCUGGACGUCGACAAGCUGGUGAAGCCGGCGUCGACGCGGAGGAGCCGCGCGCCGUCGCCGGCAGUGGACCUGGGGAGGGAAGAAGGGAUGGUGGCCAAGGUUGGGCCCAGUGUCACUGUGGGUGGCGUGCAGGAGCCGGAGAAGGACGCGGUAGAGGCGACUUUGAACAGCAUCGCGGACCCUGGGAAACGGGCGGAGGAGGGUACGCAAGAUAGCUCCGAAUCGGAGCGGACAAAGGAUUUGGAUACUGCCAAUACGCUGCAGGAUUGCUUGUCUAGGUUUACGGAGCCGGAGCUGCUGGGACCGUCGUCCAAGAUGCAUUGCUCGACGUGCGGGACGAGGCAGGAAGCAAUGAAACAGCUGAGUAUUCGGACGCUUCCGCCGAUUGUGUGCUUCCACUUUAAAAGGUUCGAGCAAUCGUUUGCGAGCAUUCGGCGGAAUGAAAUGGUCAAGAUUGAUACGCCGAUCGAGUUUCCAGCCGAUGGACUAGAUCUGUCGUCGUUUCAGACGUCGGAAGUGCUGAGGAGGAGGGACGUUGUCAAGACAAGCUCGCCGCGAAGCACAGUGGAAACGGCGUUGCUUAAAGCGACGUCCGCCAAGGAAGGCGGCAAAGCGAGUGAGGCAGAGGCGGAAAAGGAGGGAGGGCUGGAGCUCCGUGAUACAGAGGAGGCAAUCUAUGACUUGUUUGCAAUUGUGAAUCACAUGGGGAAGAUUGAUAGUGGGCACUAUACGUCGAUGAUUCGAAAGCAGGGGUCGUGGUAUAGAUGUGAUGAUGACAAGGUUAGCCCAAUGAGCGAUGUGGAGAGGGUGAUUCGCAGCGAGGAGGCGUAUCUCGUAUUUUAUGUGCAGAGGCAUCCGAACGUUCAAUACUAGUGUGGAAUUGGUCGUGGGUGAGAGAGAGGCACGGAUGCGGUUUUAGGAUGUCCGAUGGAAAACCCAGAAGAGCUAGCUCCUUUCUCGAAAAAGAUGGUUCCCUCGUCUUUGUUGCAAAAGUGGUGAUGAUGUGGGGUGUUUUUAACGGAGUUGGUGGUCGCAAGUGAAUGACAUGAAUACGAAGAUCGGGACCAUACAUGGACAGUGUAAAGAGAUCGCGGGA